AAAACAGAUGUGGCCUCAAAGCACCGGUAAACCAAGGACUAACUCGAUCUGGAACUGCGCAUUUUCUAGACCAAGUGCGGAAUGGGACAGGAUAUCUUGCUCUAAGAUAACUCGAGCUCUCUGCAAGAGAUCAUUAGUCAUUGGCCUAGGUAUCUGGACUGAAUGGGGAGAGUGUUCAAAUACAUGUGGAGAUGGAAAUAGGAUUCGUACUCGAAAAUACGAUAACCCAACACCAGCUGAUGGAGGGAAUGAUUGCAAUUACAACAAUGAUCUUAUGGAAACCGAGUUCUGUAAACUUAUAGAUUGUCCUGUUAAUGGAGGUCUUGGUGAAUGGGUAGCAUGGGGACAAUGUACAACCACAUGUGGAGAUGGAGAGAAAAUCCGCACCAGAGAAUGCAACAACCCUGCACCUGCUUAUGGAGGAACUGAAUGCUAUGUUAACGAUUUGACAGAGAGUAUGUCCUGUAAAGUACAAGGGUGUCUUGUAAAUGGAGGUGUUGGGCCUUGGACAGCAUGGGAACAAUGUUCUACCACCUGUGGAGAUGGUGAGAAAAUCCGCACCAGAGAAUGCAACAACCCUGCACCAGCUUAUGGAGGAGCUGAAUGCAGUGUCAACGAUUUGACAGAGAGCAUGUCCUGUAAAGUACAAGAGUGUCCUGUUAAUGGAGGUACCGGUCAUUGGACAGCAUGGGCACAAUGUUCUACCACGUGUGGAGAUGGAGAGAAAAUUCGCACCAGAGAAUGCAAUAACCCUGCACCAGCUUAUGGAGGAGCUAAAUGCUGUGUCAACGAUUUGACAGACAGCGAGCCCUGUAAAGUACAAGAGUGUCCUGUAAAUGGAGGACCUGGUCCCUGGACAGGAUGGGAACAAUGUUCUACCACCUGUGGAGAUGGUGAGAAAAUCCGCACCAGAGAAUGCAACAACCCUGCACCAGCUUAUGGAGGAGCUGAAUGCAGUGUCAACGAUUUGACAGAGAACAUGUCGUGUAAAGUACAAGAGUGUCCUGUAAAUGGAGGACCUGGUCCUUGGACAGCAUGGGAACAAUGUUCUACCACAUGUGGAGAUGGAGAGAAAAUUCGCACCAGAGAAUGCAACAACCCUGCACCUGCCUAUGGAGGAGCUGAAUGCAGUAUCCACGAUUUGAAAGAGAGGAUGUCCUGUAAAGUACAAGAGUGCCCUAUAAAUGGAGUACCUGGUCCCUGGAGAGCAUGGGAAGAAUGUUCUACCACCUGUGGAGAUGGUGAGAAAAUCCGCACCAGAGAAUGCAACAACCCUGCACCAGCUUAUGGAGGAGCUGAAUGCAGUGUCAACGAUUUGACAGAGAGUAUGUCCUGUAAAGUACAAGAGUGUCCUGUUAAUGGAGGUACUGGUUGUUGGACAGCAUGGGAACAAUGUUCUACCACAUGUGGAGAUGGAGAGAAAAUUCGCACCAGAGACUGCAACAACCCUGCACCAGCUUAUGGAGGAGCUGAAUGCAGUGUCAACGAUUUGACAGACAGCGAGCCCUGUAAAGUACAAGAGUGUCCUGUAAAUGGAGGACCUGGUCCUUGGACAGCAUGGGGGCAAUGUUCUACCACGUGCGGAGAUGGAGAGAAAAUCCGCAGCAGAGAGUGCAAUUAUCCUGCUCCAGCUUACGGAGGAGAUGAAUGCAAUACCACUGAUUUGACAGAGAGGAUGUCCUGUAAAGUUCAAGAGUGCCCUGUUAAUGGUGGUCCCAGCAUGUGGGAAGCAUGGGGGAAAUGUUCUGCAACUUGUGGAGAUGGUGAGAAAAUUCGCACCAGGGAAUGCAACAACCCUGCACCAGCAUAUGGAGGAGAUGAAUGCAAUGCCAAUCGUUUGACAGAGUCGGUGUUCUGCAACGUUCAAGAGUGUGUUGGAAACUGCACUAGGAAUCUAACAUUUACGAUGAUAGAUGACAGCACUUUGAUUCAGCCAUCAGUUUUCCAUGCAAGGGCAGCAUUACAUAUCACAGGAACUGCACAUCUAAGUCAUGACAGCGUAUCGUCUUUGACGACAUAUACAUGGCAAAUCAAUAUACUCAACGAUACACAUCCAUAUCCGAGCUCUGCAAAUGUGAUAUAUCCAAAUAAUACCGAUGUGUCGACAUAUGAAAAUCACUUGACCAUUCGAGCAAUGGGCCUAGAUUAUGGUGUAUAUUCGAUUACUAUGGGUGCAACAGCCAUGCAUACAGGAGUACAAGUCUGUAUGUUUUUCAAACGGGGCUAUAUCAAACUGGUGCCUGCCCCACUGAUUCCAAUUAUAAAAGGUGGGACAUCACGGUCAGUUAAUUCUAUGGACACGGUUUUCAUAGAUGGAAGUCUCUCAUAUGAUCCUGAUGAAGAUGUUCGCUAUGAAGAUGUGAUGAAAUUUGAGUGGUCGUGCAGCAGAUAUGAAGUAAAUUGUGAGCUUCCCGGGUUGAGUAACUGCACAGAAGAGGCGCUUAAUGGCUCCUGCAUAACUUGGUCCAGUGAUACGUCUCUUAUACUAACAGAUACCAACUUCACUGUACCUAACACAGCAUUGCUUGAGGAUAGCUCAUAUUUAUUCACUGUGACAGUCAGCAAGGCAAAACGAGACCCAGUCUCAUUUUCUCAGAUGAUCAUAGUUGUCCCUGCAGAGAAACCAAAUGUUCAUGUUUUGUGCCUUCAGAAUUGCAAGUACAAGGUGACUCCUAACAGCAAACUCUCCAUGGCAGCUCACUGUACAAACUGCCGAAGACAAAGUGAUCUCAGUUUUGAUUGGUCCAUAUUUUCUCUUGAUUGUGACUUCACAAUGGACUGGGCGACAAUGAGCUUAACGGGACAGUAUAAUCAAGCUGUGAGCAUCAGGUCAAACACCUUGCCUGGGGGAUGUAGCUUUAUACUCAUUGUUUCAGGUGUCAAAAAAGUGGGAAACAUUGAUUCUGGAUUUGCCUCAUUGAAGUUUACAACAAAUACGCCGCCCAUAGCUCCACAUAGGUCUUGUACAGUGUCUCCACCUAUAGGAGUUACUCUCGUGGAUGAGUUUGACAUUUACUGCGAUAAUUUUCAAGAUAAUGAUGACCCAGUAACUUAUGAGUUUUACUUUGCGACAGGGUUAGACCAAACAGGAGCAUUGCUGGCUAAUACAUAUAAGUCCGAGUUGUUAGGGGUACAGCUAGGCCCUGGAGACAGUGAACUAAACUAUACAGUGGAAAUACAUAUAUCUGCUACAGAUUAUUUUCGAGCUACAACUAUUGAAGUUGUUAAAUUGCAGGUGUACCCUUACCAUAUGAAGAACAUCGUUUACCCAGAAGCACCAAAUAAUAAAAAUGAAAUGAUGAAGAUGUUGACAAACCUUACUUUCGCAUCAGCCAGCAAAGAAAGCAAUUUAGACAGCAUGUUCGGCUCUGGGAACAUUCAAGCUGCCAGUCAAUUGGUUUUCACAGUGUCCACCAUAUUAAACGUGGAGUCACAUGAGAACACCACAAAUACAAACGUUACUUACCAUGAAACAAUGGCCAUGUUGGAGCAAAGAAGCCUGAUACGUAAUUCCAUUGUGACAUCACUGGCUAAUACUGGCGUAGAUGAUCUAACUGUUUUGAAACAGAAAGCAUGGGCCAUGCAUAGCAUAACAGUUGAAAGUGAAGAACUUACACCCACUACAAAGUCGACAGCAUCUCAUGCAUUUGAAGACAUGAGUAGGACACUAGUGUCUAAGUUGGAGGAUGAAGUAGAUGCCAGCUCUGAGAUCAUUGAAGACAUCGCAAGUCUUCUACUCUGUGGAGCUAGCAAUGUUAUGAAGUCUUCAUUGGAGGAUUCUCAACACAUAUCCGUCGAAAAUAACAGCUCUAUACCAAAACUGAAGGACACGAGGACGCAUGACCAGAUCAUUAGUCAGGCCAAGGAGAUCACAUAUGCAACAAUGAAUGUAUUGAAAGAUGUGUCUGAUGCUGUGCUGAAGAACAAGGUGGUCGGAGAAGAGCCAACUGUUAUACAGACAGAGACCCUUUCUAUGACAGUUAUAAAAAGUCAGUCAGAGUCUUUAGGUAAUCGUGAAAUGUCAGUGGGUUCAAAACUAGCCUCGGUGCUACUUCCAAGUGCACAUGCACUUAAAUUGGUACAGAAUGACACAACAGACAAAGAAGAUAUAUUUGAUGAUGUGUAUAACCUGUAUAUGUACCAGAUGAAAGAGAAUCCGUAUAACUGGCACCCCAGUGCUGAUAGUGUGAACACUGAUCUGAUGGGAAUUGUUCUUAAGGAUUCUCGAGGACAUGAAUUAAACGUGCAGAACUUAUCAGAGAAUAUAACAAUACACUUCCCGUCUAAAAAUAUACCUCAAAUGGAUAGAGUCCAACUUCCGGUGUCAAUGUCAGAAUUUAAAGAAAGAGAUAUACUCGUUGUUGAAUUUCAUGUUGAUGAGGGAAGUGCCGCCAUUAUAAAUGUUGAACCUGUCAUGGAAAAAAUUACUGUGAAGGUGCAUAUUAAAGAGGGUGAUAGACCAGAUAUGGAUGAUAUGAAUAGUAAUGCCACAAGGAUACCACAUGAUGCUGAGACACUUUAUCGUUCCAGAACUAAUAAAACAGCUCACCCUAAUGUUAUACAUGUGCCUAGAUCGAACCAUAACAGGUCGCUUUUUAUUGGUAUACUCCUUGAAAACACAAGUCCGGGAAAUGCUAAUGGAAUUCCUGAAAAUGAAACCUCGGCCCUUGUAGGGCUGGACAUUGGAAUUUAUACUUUAAACUGUCUGUUUUGGAAUGAGUCAUUGCAGGUGUGGAGUGAUGGCGGGUGUGGUGUGUCACCGUUAGCUACCCCGGGUGGUUUAUUUUGUGAUUGUAACCAUAUGACAACAUUUUCCGGUAGCAUCUCCGUGCUUCCAAAUGUUGUGUACCACCUCGGUCAUGAAAAUGUGUUCUUGCCCUCCUCAAAUAACCCGGUGACUGCCAGUGUCAUAUCAGCCGUAUGGCUCUUGUAUAUCAUACUUGUAGUAUAUGCAAAGCAAUAUGACAGGAAAGAUACUUUACAUAAAACUAGACUGGAAGACAAUAAUUCAUUGCAGCGUCAUUGUUAUCUUGUUACCAUAGUAACAGGUUGGCAACAGGAUGCAAGCACCAGCGCCAAUGUGUUUAUUCAACUGAAUGGAACAAAGGGAUCGAGUGAAUCCCAACAGUUGAAACGCAGAAAUAGGAAUGCAGAGUUGUUCAGAGCUGGAAAUGAGGAUUAUUUCCUAGUGACAACAAUAGGAAGUAUAGGCUUCCUUGAGUCUAUCACCAUCUGGCAUGACAGUACUGGAGAUUAUCCAAACUGGUAUCUCAAUGAAGUUAUUGUGAGAGAUCUACAGAAAGACCAAGCCUGGGAAUUCAUGUGUAAUAGAUGGAUGGCUGCAAAUCAGGAAGACUUUGCUACAUCAUACACAAUACGUGCAACGAACGAAAAACGUGUCCAACAAAUGUGGGAUUCAUUCAUAAGACGAAUCAGUAAGGUCAUGCUCGACAAUCAUCUAUGGUUGAGUAUAUUCUCUAAACCUCCAGAAAGUCACUUCACACGAGUACAGCGUACCACAUGUGUAUUCACAUUGAUAUUAAGUCAUAUGUUGACAAGAGUCUGUUUAUUUGGAAGACCUAAGGAUGACCCCGGAGAUCAAAAGCAGAUUGGGCCGAUUCAUUUCUCAUCAUCUGCUAUUGUAAUAGGCUUAUGGGGCAGUCUCCUUAUGUUCCCAGUAAUUUUGAUCAUCGAGCAGCUAUUUAGACAAACCAAGGCGAAACCUCGAACUUCUAAGAAUAAUGCUGACGAUGACAAUAUAUCUGCGGAUUUCAAUUCCGAGGAAGGUUAUGAAUCUAUGAAUACAACUCCUAGAAGUGAUUCCACUGAUUCUCCUGAACCUAUAGAUAAUAUAGUGAUUAGAUAUGAUGAAGCUGAACCUGUAUACAAACAAAACAGAAUGUUCUUUACGCCAAACCAAUCGACCGCAAAGCCUUUUAAAAUAGACUUAUCAGAGAUGACAAGAUCAGAUCCCAUAUUAGCAAAUGAAAGCUCACCCACAAUAAGGCCAUCACAGCCUAAUCCUGGCGUAGAAGAUACAAAAUCAACAACAAUUACGACAACAAUACCUGUGCAUAGAAGCGGGAAUGUUUUCUUGGAGACAUGGAAACAACAGGUUGACAAAGCUCUUGCAGGUGAAGGAUAUAGAAACAGUGACAUUGAACUUCAAGUGAAAAAGGAACAGCCAGUUGGGCUUCCGUGGUGGUUCAUGAUUAUCAAUUGGACAGUAAGCAUCCUAAUCUGCCUGCCGGCUUCCUACUUCGUCAUAUUAUAUGGUCUGAAGUAUAGCUGCCAGAUGAGCAUUGAGUGGGUUGUCUCAGUAUUGACCUCCAUCUUUACCAGUAUAUUGAUCAUGCAACCCCUCAAAGUGGUGGCCUUGGCAAUACUGCCUGCAUCGAUCUGUAAGAAGAAACAACAAAUUCAGGAGCGCAGAGACAAAAUUGACAUAAAAUCAGUUGAUGCUGCCGUUGCGCCACCUAUGGACAAUGGCAGUGAUAAUGAGAUAGAACAACUACAAAAGGAGAUAAUUCAGCUGAGAGAUGAAAAGAUUCGACUUAAAGAGGAGAAUAUCGAAGUCCAAGAGGUCAAUAUUCAACUUCAGAGGUUAAAUGUACAACAAGAAAAGAAAAUAAAUACAUUGGCGAGAAAAGUUUAUUCAAAACGAAAGAAAAACGAGGAUUAUCAAAGAGAACUUGGUAAUUCUGUUUAAAGGAACAAGAAGAGCCAUCUGAUUCAAAAUGAACGUUGAUUCUUCGCCUCCGCCUUCGUAGGUAUUGAAUCUAAACAUGGGGAGGUAAUUGCAUUUUUGCAGCAAGAUACAUGAUUUGAAAUGGAAAAAACUGAAAUAUAAGGCUUGAUCAGACAAAAUAAAGUAGAGAGCACUUCUACAUACAGGGUGUCAAAAGGUUAUCCCGUACCAGGACUAUAGUCCUGCGAACGUCUUGUUCUUUUGCUUG